UCCCGGACGAUCCCGUUAAGACGGACUCCCGAUGCUGCGUGAAGUCUAAUCCCAUGUAUCGAGAGGCAGUACUGAGGCGGCGGCGUCUGAAGCAUGAGUGGACCCAGACUGCCAACUGGCGACACAACAGUUUUUCGGGGAGAAUGCGGCCCGAGACGUGGCUGGUCAGACUGGGACUCCUGCUGCUGGUCUGCUCUCUGUGGGUGGCAGCAGGUUCCGCCAAGGAGAAAACCGCCAAGAAGGGGAAGAAGGGGAAGCUGGUGAUCUGUCCCUCACAACUAUCACCAGAGGACAUCGCCAGAGUUCCAGGAAAUUCCACGAGCAACAUCUUAAACCGGUUACUGGCUACUUAUGAUCCCAGAAUUCGGCCCAACUUUCAAGGUAUCCCAGUGGAGGACAAAGUUAAUAUUUUCAUAAACAGCUUUGGCUCCAUCCAAGAAACGACCAUGGAUUACAGGGUAAAUAUCUUCCUGAGACAGCGGUGGAACGAUCCUAGACUCAGGCUUCCCACCGAUUUCAAAUCAGACUCCCUCACCGUCGAUCCCAACCUGUUCCAGUGCCUCUGGAAGCCUGACUUGUUCUUCGCGAACGAAAAGAACGCCAACUUUCACGACGUGACGCAGGAAAACAUCCUCCUGUUCAUCUUCCGCAACGGCGACGUGCUUAUCAGUAUGAGGUUGUCUGUCACUCUGUCCUGUCCUCUGGAUUUGACUCUGUUUCCGAUGGACACCCAGAAGUGCAAGAUGCAGCUGGAAAGUUUUGGCUACACCACAGAUGACCUUGUGUUCAGCUGGCAGUCAGGUGACCCAGUGCAAAUGGAUGAAAUUGCACUGCCCCAAUUUGACGUAAAGCAGGAAGAAAUAGUGUAUGGAAACUGUACCAAGUACUAUAAAGGGACAGGUAAUUUUUUACGAAUGUAUAGAAUCAGCUUGUGGUGCACUAUGGGAUGUGGUGUGGACAGCUGUAGCACGCCCCCUGCCUGUGUGAUUGGCCCUUUUCUGGCCACCGUCCCUGCAGGUAUCCUAUCAGUGCUGUCGCUGUCCUCCGAAUGCACGUCUCUGGCCGCUGAGCUCCCCAAAGUGUCCUACGUGAAGGCCAUCGACAUCUGGCUCAUUGCCUGCCUGCUUUUUGGCUUUUCCUCGCUGGUGGAGUACGCCGUGGUCCAGGUCAUGCUCAACAGCCCCAAACGCAUCGAGGCCGAGAAGGCCAAGCUGGCCAGCAAGGAGAAAGCAGAGGGCAAGACCCCGGCCAAGAACACGGUCAACGGCACGGGAGGGACACCCAUACAUGCCAAUGCACUCCAGGUGGUGGAGACCAGGUGCAAGAAGGUGUGCACCUCCAAGUCCGACCUGCGGUCCAACGACUUCAGCAUAGUGGGGUCGCUCCCCCGAGAUUUCGAACUCUCCAAUUUCGACUGCUACGGAAAGCCUAUAGAAGUGGACGGUGUCGGCAAAUCGCAGGCCAAAAACAACAAGAAGCCGGCUCCUCCGAAACCGAUCAUCCCGUCUGCAGCCAAGCGGGUCGACCUUUACGCUCGCGCCCUCUUCCCCUUCUCCUUCCUAUUCUUUAAUGUCAUAUAUUGGUCUGUCUACUUGUGACGACCUUGUGAGGAAUGUAGCUACCUGCGAGAACCUCCAUGCACUUUGCUCUACCCCUGCGGUGUUGUUUGUUUUCAUCUGUUUAGUUUCUUUAACGUGCGUUUUGCAAUAAAUGCAGGAUAGUCGCUUAUUUUAUAGUUGAAGCUUCUAGGGUAGGGGGAUUAAAAUAUACAAACAAAAAAAAGCAUAAUCGGCUAUAAGCGAAAGCGCUUUGCUUUUAGAUUGGGUAGACGGCUUGGCGAUGCUUCGCGUGUGCUUUGGGCCUAACGCGGCGUGUACAGUACGUUCCGGAAUGCCGGUGACUGCUCCCUGCGUAUGUCCCUCCGUGACUGAAGGUGUGGGAGAGGCUAUAGCCACGUUAAAAAGCUAAUAGCACUUUAAAGCAAAUGCACGUUUAAAAAUGUAUAUUUGUAUGCAUAUAUAACUAUGAAUGUAUAAUUCAUCUACGCGUAAAUCGGCAAAUGAUACGAGAUAGAUGUAUGAAUACUUUUUAGAAAGGUGCGAUAGUUUAUUUAUUCAUUGAAGGUCGAUAUUUCGGCUACUGAAAUGGCAGCGACGAUUCACCCCGGGGCAACAGAUGGCAAUUCGCCGCAAUAAAACGGCGACCCAUCCGAGCAGAUGCGAGGAAUGUGUCACCUUUAUAGGUGAGGGGGGGGAGAGCCGCAUCCCUUCGAGGCAAUAAAGACGACAUAAUUGAAAGAA